AGCCCACCUUCCUCGGUGCGCCAUGCUCUCCUCGGUGCGGUGUGCGACGGCGCUGGCGGUGCUGGCGGUCGCGUGCUGCUACGCGACGACGUCGUCGACGACCCCAGCCGACGAGGAGUCGUCCCCGAGCGGCGGCAAUUGCACGCGGUGCGCGUCCCAGGGCGAAUCUCGCUUGGCCCGGCUCCAGGCCAUCAAGGCCCAGAUCCUGAGCAAGCUGGGCAUGCAGCGGGCGCCCAACGUAACGCGGAGCGUCCUGCCGGGCAUCCCGCCCCUACAUCGGCUCCUGGACCGCUACGACGCCGGCCUGAUGCAAGCCGACGCCCCCUUCGUGCCCGGAGAGCAGUACGACGAAGAGGACGACUACCACGUGGCCGCCGAGAAGGUCAUCAGCUUCGGCAUGCCAGCACCCGGCGAGCUGGGCCUGGUCCCGGAGUGGCAAGCGGUGCACUUCCGCUUCUCGGAGAGCGUGCAGAACCUGCACGUGGCCAAGGCCCACCUGUGGGUCUUUGUGUCCUCCAACCAGUCCUUAUCCGGGGCCGCCUGGGUCACGCUGUACCAGGUCGCCAGGGACGCCGUCCGGGGACCCCAUCUGGUCAAGGUGCGGACGAAAGAGGAGAAGGGCAACCUGCGCCGCGGCUUCUGGCUCCAGCUCGAGGCCAAGAAGCUGGUGUCGCACUGGUUCCGGCACCCCGCCGACAACCUGGGCCUCGUGGUGCACGCGUACGACGCCCAGGGACGCAAGCUGCUCGCCGUCACAGACCCGCCGCCCGGGAGAGACUCGCUGCGGCCCUUUCUGGUGGUCAUGGUGGAGUCCGGCGGGCGGAGCCGCGCGCGGCGCAUGGUCGGCCUCAACUGCCAGGAGAACUCGAGCGAGGAGCGCUGCUGCCGCUACCCGCUGACGGUGGACUUCGAGGAGUUCGGCUGGGACUGGAUCAUCGCGCCCAAGCGCUACGAGGCCAACUACUGCAGCGGCGAGUGCCCCUACGUGUUCAUGCAGAAGUACCCGCACACGCACCUCAUCCAGCAGGUGAACCUGUCCGGCACCGGAGGUCCCUGCUGCGCCCCGCGCAAGAUCUCGGCCAUCUCGAUGCUCUACUUCGACGACAACCACAACAUCAUCUACGGCGUGCUGCCGGGCAUGAUCGUCGAUCGAUGCGGCUGCUACUGAGCCGAGAGCGGGACACAACGACCGAGACGGACCGGUCUCGCGCAACCGCCCACGUCGCUUGCCUGUGGCGCCGCCACAGGCGAGACUGCUCUUCGAGAGCUGUGUCUAGUACAAAGGAUGGAAGACGUUCGUGCACGCCCGGUGCGCCGAGGCUCCCGCGCUGCCGAAGGCUGGGCGGGGCGGGCGUCAUCGGCCCCGAGGACGGUGCGCCCUUCGCUUCGUCCUUCGCGUCAACAUGUACCUGGACAACGCCCGAUGAACUGUGAUUCUUUUUCCAGAUGGCGUUGUUGAUGCGUGCGGGAGUGUGCACCGCGCGCUUGGCAUUGAGCUUUAUGUGUGUGAAUGGGGUUCGCGAGGGAUGGACCCGAAGGGAGAGUGGGCCUCUCAGUGACGGUCCAUUCGGACCGGGCGUGUGUGUGCCCGUGGGACAGAAAGGUAGAAGCUAUCAAUUUUGUCUUUGUGCGCGCGCGGUCUAGGGGAACCGCCAUGUGAUCAUGACGACGUCAGACCGGAUCGAGACGCUGGUCUUCGACGUGGGGAUGGUUCAAAGUAGGUCUACGUUGCGUCUCUAUCUUCGUCGGAACAGGUGUCCACCCGCGCUGUCCAGAUGGAUACGAAAGAGGUAUUCCAUCAACGUGCCCGGUCGAGCAAACUCUGUGGUCGUGACUGACCGGCAAAGCCCACCGAGAGGAAGUCCAAAACAGAUGUGAAACUUAAACGGUGCUAUUCCGGUUAUAUGCAUAAUCGCGUUACCCUCCCCCCCAAUCCCCCCCCCCCCUAAAAAAAUGCGACAAAUUGGAUGUUUGUAACAGCCUCCCUGGUAUGCGGUAGUACCUGCGUCGCAGAUCUAACUGGGGGUAUUCACUGGGCAUCAUAUUUGAGUCCAUUAUUCAAAGGGCAUGCUGAGAACGAGCUCACGCUUAUAGGCUCCGCAAACUGGCAAUCUUGAUGGCGUGGAACGCGCGUUAACGUGGAAGCUCACCCUCAGCACGCGCUAAGCAGCUAAGCGCUCAGCUAUGGUUGCUACGGUCACCAGUGAAUGCCCCCUAUACACUGCUUGCACGUGAUGUCGUCGCAUCAUGUUCGUGGUCAUUCCAAUUUGUCCUGGCCGAGAAACACAAAUUCGAUGUUGCGUAACGUAUGUUUCAGAAAAAAUAGGUAGGUGCUCCACAGUCAGGCCACCUCAAGGGCCGCCGGUAAGACGUCGCUGCAAGCCUCGUAUGUCGACAUCCUUUCGUAUUUUUGCACUUGUUCGACUACUUCGGCACUGGCUUCUCCAUAAACGGCAGACAGCGUAGAACCUGUUCACCGUCCGGCUAAUAGACGCAGGGAAAAGCACUGUUUUGAACGCCUCGGAGAAAGAACGAUAUAACCAUCGGAAAACACGCUUUAAACUUUGUUUCUUUCAAGAACACUUAGCAGUCGCGUGUUAAGAUUAAUUAUACCGUUAGUUAAAACAAACCUAAAUAACGCAUUCGAUAAAAUUUACACCAAGUACGACCACUCCAGUUUUUGGCAAGACAUUAAUUGCAUCAUUUGCGAUAUCAAUACAUCAUUUACGAGUCAGAAACGAGUAGGAAUCAAAGGGAAACUAAAACUGCCCUGUGUUUGAGGAAAAACACUUAAAUCGUUUUCAUUUAGCCUCCAGGAUCAUGAAUAUCCAGAUUAUUUUUCAAUUUUGUGCACAAACGCUGCAGAGUUUAAAGGGGAUAUGCACCGAUUUUUGUGCUUUGCGGAAAUACCGCUUAGAAGGGAUGCCUGGCGUUGAUGACCUGUAAAACACCCGUUCGUUUUUCACGAGACGCCAUCGAAGUUGCAGAAAAAAAAUCAAAGAAAAACGAGCAGCGUUCACCCUCUCAACUAUAAUCUGUUUCACCUUAUGAUGUACCGCAAGAAAGGCUACAAGCGCGAGCUCCUUGCUCUGGUGCCCAUCUCGGCGGGACAAGCUCUUGUACGUUAAGAGUAGCCCCCUACGCUAUGAGCUCGCGCUUCUAGCCUUGUCUGCGGUACAACGUAAGGUGAAACGGAGUAUAGCGGCCAGAACAAGCGGCCACAUGAUCUGGAGCCGAUUAUAGGCGUUUCCACUGUUUACGAAAAUCACAGUCCACACGCGCUAAAUCACAGUCCAGCCAGCGCUCGCGCGCCAUUGCGGCCAGCCAGAAAGUCCGCGUGCACAAACAGAGCAAUAAACGCGCCCUCAAACGCUUUUAUGGAAAGGUUGACAUGCCGCCAAUGUUGAUCCUAGCCACGCGCUGGGUUGAAAAAGCACAGGACACGCGCUGAGUUCUAGAUGUUGUUAUGGUUCGUCUAUUGUCGUCAUUGCAGUGAUUGGACACGGGCCACUACCCGAAUGCUUCUCGAGUUUUCAAUUAUCACGAGCCUAAAUUAAGUGCCUACGCAAUGCUCGGGUCAUACCUAUGAACCACAUACAAAUAUCGUCACUGGGAGGUACUGCGACUGCCCAGCUACGUCACUAAGUUUUCGGAAGGAGAGAUUGAAAGAAAACGCUUGCUUUUGGCCUUGAAAUUACACCGCAACAAAGAAGUUUCUUGGCCAGCGGCGUUGCGUCCGAGUAUCCUUGAGUCCCACUAGUGCCAGUAAGCUCCUGUAAAGUUAACAACUUUCUAAAUGAAUAUCGUUACAACGACCCUUUAAAUUUCGAAAUACCGCUGAUUAGGAAUUUUCGGAAUCUCUGCUCUCGCGCAUCUCCAGCGCAUAUCAAAGCUAUGCACGCGCAUUCCUGCUAUUUUCAUAAAGGUCUAAAAGAGGCGUCCCGACUGGUGUCAGUGCGGGGGAAUAUACCUGGCAAGCUUGCGUUUAGUUGCAUCUUCGGGAAAAACGAACGAGAUAUUAAAAUUCAGGGGAUAAAAAUACUCCAAAAUUUACCUCUAAAUUGUUUUCUUUUCUCGAGUGUUUCAACUUGUUUUAAAGUAAAUUCAAAGAAAACUGACUGUGGUUUGAAGACGGCAGUCGUUCUAGAACAAGAACCUUGUAAUCGGAAGUACGCACCCAAGGCUUGCUGCCAGAGCAAUCAAAUGAUUCUUUUUAACACUUGCUGCAGUAACGAUCCUUGCCGGCGUUUGGGUUGCUCCAUUUUAAUGGCUUAUGCCUUGGCAGGUCGUGCAUCUAACUCCAAGAAGAUGGAGAAAAGACAGCGCUGUUUCUUGCGUCCCAGAUCGAAAUUCUUCGUAUCUAUUUCGGCUACAAUUGAAUUAACCAUAAAAUAAUUAGUCACUUCGGCAAGAUACUGUUUACAUUUCAUCUGUAAAGAUCGCAUUAAACAUAUCAGGUUCUCUCUUCCCUUCCCGGGGCACAUGUGAAAAAACAAGAACUUAAAUUCGUACAAAACGCUAUAAAUUCAAACAAAACAAAAAAAAUGUCUGCUUCCCGAAAAUCGCAACCGAGGACCUAUUUGUUGAAUGACAUGGCUUUGGAAACCUUAAAAUCACGCUCGACAUUGAGCCCAAAACCGAUGUUAAAAAAUGUAUAUAUAAUAAUAAUGCAAUCUACAAUGUUUUAUGGCGAUUGUCGGUACUGGAUAAUUCCUGCACAGUGAACAGUCUGGAACAUGCUGUGCGCAGAGAAACUGAGGGAGAGGAGGAGAUGUCAGAACGCCGAGCACUGAUUGGAGCGAUUAGUGGGUAGACCUAAAGCUAGGUUCCUUUGUCAGCACUGCACUCGUCGAACACGUUAGAAUGCGGUCGAGGUUAACGUAGCACAGUCGAGGGGCCAGGAUCUAGUAUGUUUCCUCAGGGUCUUGCAACUCAUCUCUUUCUUGUUCAUGGCAUGGUGGUCGCCGCGUUCCCGGAAACGGCUCGUGUCGUUUAACGUUCACGGCAUGAUUCUGACCAUGGGGCGUGCGAUAGCACACACAACGCGAGUGGAGGCGCAGGCAGUAUCGGUAGACUAAGAUGUGCAGAUUGCUGCCUAGACGUCAUGGAUGCAACACUGACCACUGCUCGGAUCCUAGAGACGCUCUACACUGUAGUUAGCCGGAACAGCCACGUGGCCGACAGAAAAGAGGUGACGGGACGCGACCAUCCGAACGCUGGUCGCUCAAAAUAUCAUUGCUGCAUUCCCACCGGGUAAAACACCAGUUUCUUUUCCAAGCGACUAAACGAGGAAGCCGAAAAGAAGCUUCCUUCUGCAGGUGCGGCGAGUUGGCAUGUCGCAAUCAUAGGGUUUUCACAAGUGUGUGUGCUUAAUUGCUCGCAUCGAAGGGCGUUAUGCGGCCUACAAGAUCGUCAGCUUCAUGUCCACCUCCUGCGUUCGUUUACCCGCAGAAUGCACCAACCUGCUUCUGUUUCCCCAGACCUAAAGCAAUGACGGUCCUUUGAUUAGCCUCCCCUAGGGUUCUGCACAGGGCCGGGUAGCACGGAUUGUUUCGGGCCCUGGCUCUGACCCGGAAACACGUUAAUACUGAAAAUGUUUACUCCAUCGUGACUUCAGUUUACACUGGACUGCGUAGAAUCUAUGACUGGUAUAUGCUCUAUAAUGUUUCGAAACUUUUCUUCGUCUUUUUAACGAUUGCUGUUAAGAUCUCCAUGUUGACAUUCGCGUUUUUAUGCCGACACAUAACGUCUUGACAGCGUCUUUCAUGCCAAUAAAGCUAGACGAAUCAAAUGCAACAACACUUCCCCAAGGGCAGCUUUGAAUUUAAGGGAUGAGGCACGCCUUGGCUUCUCACCGGGCCGGGCGUGGGACAGUCCUGAUCAGUUAGGCACCCCACCGGGUCGGGUUCGGGCCGGGCCUAAUGAGGUUUGCAUCCCAAUGGGGCCAGGUCCGGGUCGGGCUUAGUGAGGUUUGCAUCCCAUUGGGCCGGGUCCGGGUCGGGUAAGGGGCGAUUCACACACUUGCGUCGAGUCCAACCGAGUGGAACUGCAACGGCUUGCGACGUGCGGGUUGCUAUAGGAACAGCUACAUUGGCUCCAACAAAACGGGGUAAAAACCGGUUUCGUUGGAGCCGACGCAGCUGUUACCAUAGCAAGCCGUAAAAGAUUAACGUCGCAAGCGGUUGCAGUCGCCCUCGGUCGGAUUGAACACAAGUGUGUGAAUCGCUGUUAAGACUGAGUAAGAGUCAGCAGGCCCAGGCUGGACCUCAAAAAGUAGGCCCGCGGGGUGCUCUAAAUGCCACCCCCCUCUCCCAUCUUUGGUUCCGAUGCGCAAAAGACGCCUUAUGACGCACUCGCUCUCCGUAUACGGGGACUCGGACAAUCUUGAACAAGUCGCUGGUUGUCAGCUGUGGAGUGACUCCACUUAUGACACGGCUGAGGUCAAUUCUUUUCCGACCUUGAUGAGGUUUGCAAGAACAUUAGCUAUUUCUUCCUCUGCUCCUAAUCUACUUUAGCACGUAAACACAUAGUUUGAUUAGGCUUUUGAGAAUUUAUGGGAGCGACAAAAGAGAAAUAGAGAUAGAGAGAGAUGUGACAAAAGCGAGGGUUCCAUUUUGAGAAGAUGGCUUAUGGCUCCCACGCAUUGAAGGUAUAUUUUGUGCCAUGACAUUUUUAUCGACUUUUUUUUUCUUCGACUCGUCCAGGCGUACUGGUCUAACUAGGCAUUUGACGCUGAACGUGUUGGCAAUACGCAUACUUAAAGAUGGGGUCAAUCUCGUUAUGUUUUUCCCCAGUCUGAGCAACUGAUCUCAGCCGUCGUUUUGUGAGUGUGCCCAGCACAGUUGGGCAGUGUAUUUCUUCUUUUCUGUUUUUUUUUUUUUUCUUAUCAUUAUCUUUUUAUCUUUGUCGUCCAGAAAACCACCUUUUUGCAAAAUAUGCGGUGCCAUGUACUUGUUCCAGUGUUUUAUGUUUGUGCAUUUGUCUUCAUCGUGUUUUUUUUUUUUUUUUCUGCAUUUUUAGUUGCGGAGCGCCAAGCUUCCAAAUGUUCUCGUUCCAGUCCGUGUGCGCACCUAGACGCGGGACUGUAAUUUAACUUUCGGACCAAGAUUCUCAUCCAUGGCAUCGCGCCGUUUGUUUUCGUGCCGUGUAUAGUGCUGUGCUCAUCGACAUUUUAUUUCUUUAUUUCGGGACACCGAGUGGAAGUUUGGUGAGGAAAACAAAUCCGGUGUGUAAAUGUUACACCAAUGGCAGAAAUAUGCUUUUACAGAGUCUGCUUUUUGUAUUGUUUUAUCGCAUAUUUCACUUGGUGACCUGUGAUGCCAUUUGUUUUAUUGGGUUGGUUUAGACGGCAGCCCUAUUCAUCCCACCCUCCUUGAAGAUAAUCCUGACAAAACUAAGAGACCAGUCGCUGGCAAAUGUUCUGUGAUAUUCUCAAUAAAGCUAUCGGUCAUCUCGCAA